AUGGAUUUUCAAAGUGAUUACGAGAAAAUUGAUUUAUCAAAACAAGACUUUCAAUACGUGUUUAAUAAUAUACUACAGGCCAUCAUGGCAAAAUUGAAUCUUCAUCUACCGGCAGCACAGAAUGAUCCUUUAAAAGAGCAAGUUUCUACGAUACUAGAAGAGUUUUUAAUUAAUACUUUUGAUAAUUCCAAGUACUCUAUAUUGGCUGAUGGGCUAGAUUUGCAAAACGUUCUGAUUCAUGAUAUUUUAUCUUUGAAAACAUUAGAAAAUGUUGAGAAAAUAGAUUCCGAAAUAACAUUGAAAUUGAGGAAAAUCUUCCAAGAAUUUGAACAAGAAACUGUUGAUGUGACCAAAUUACGACGAGAUUUGCCUAAGCAGGCAAGCGAAGUGUACAGUGACAUUAUUAAACAAACAGAUGGUGAAGUUUCAGAAAUCAUAAGCAUGAUCGAACAACAAAGUCAAGAAUAUCAAAAGGAACAACAAGUCAAUAAUGAUGACGGAUUUGAAAAAAUCAUUGAGAGUAUGGACUUUCCACAGAUCAAUCAGAAUUAUACUGACCAUCUACAAUUGUUGAAUGAAACAAACAAAAAUUUACCAAGUUUGAAAAUUGAGUUUGAAAAAUAUAACAAAACAGUACAGUUUUUAGAAGAUGCUUACCAACAGCAGUUGAAAGAAAUGGAAGGAUAG